ACUCAAGCCGACAAAAAAAAAAAAAAAAAAAAAAAAUCAAACGAUUUUUUUUUUCGUUUUCUUCGUCUUCUUCUUCUUCUUCUUCUUUUUCUUCUCUGCUCGCCUCGCCUGCCUCUGCCUCCAACCUCUAAACACUCAAGAUGCGUUACAUUGCCGCGUACCUGCUCGCCACUCUCGGUGGCAACAAGACCCCCUCCGCUGCCGACGUCAAGGCCAUCCUCAGCUCGGUUGGCAUUGAGGCCGACGAGACCAAGCUCAACAAGGUCAUCGCCGAGCUCUCUGGCAAGUCCCUCGAGCAGCUCAUCGCUGCCGGCUCUGCCAAGCUCGCCUCCGUCCCCGCUGGCGGCGCUGCCGCUGCCCCCGCUGCUUCUUCUGCCGCCCCCGCCAAGGAGGCCAAGAAGGAGGAGCCCAAGAAGGAGGAGAAGAAGAAGGAGGAGUCCGAGGAGGGCGACAUGGGCUUUGGUCUUUUCGAUUAAAAACUGCAUCGGCGGUAGUGUUACCUCGGGUCCCGUUCUUUCUGUUCCCCUGAUUCCAUUUGUCACAGUCCCGUUGUGCGCAUGACCAAGCCAUGGCCUCGUUCGAUCUUGUUUGUUGUCAUUUGACUUUGUUGUGCAAGCGUGUCUCUUUUGUCCUUCAAAUAGUGAACAUGCUGGUGGAAACUUUC